AAUCAUGAUCUCCAAAUGCACAGCAUCAGCUGCUCUAGACCAGACUAACUUCUUCAAAUCUUGCAUCAAAACUCUUCAGGCAAGAAGUAAGGCAUCUGGGACAUUAUAUCCUCCUUCCAGAAUAUUUCCUGCCAAAAAUGUUCCUAAUGGCAAUGCAAACAAAUCUGGCAGUAAAAAGCCAUCAAUUUCUGUUGCCACAUUUUUCCAAAAAGCCCGUGAGGUGCAAGAAAAUAUUGUGAGGCUAAAACAGCUUCUUAUGGACCGAAGAAAAGUUUUCAUUGGUCGCAUCAAUGACCCAGCCUCAAUGACCCCUGAGCAAUGUGCAGUUAUGGAUCAGAUUCUUACUGAGAAAUUGAAGAUAGUUGAUCAACAAAUAGCUGAAUUGGAAGCGAAAAUUUCUUCAGCAACAUUUAUGGCUCUGAAAAAAACAAUCUGGAGCUCUCCAAGACCUGGCAAAGACUUGGACAUUGCUGAUUCCAACCCAGGCAGAAAUAUCAGCACAAAUGAGGCCAUCAGCAAUACUGUUGAUAAACCUAAUGAUAUUGUUGAUGUUGAGUGCUGCAUGGCCAUAACAGCAUGCAUAGUUCGAGCUCAUCUAGCUGACCUCAAGUCCAUCUAUUCAAGUAUGAAAGAAGCUAAGCAACAGAAGGAAAACAUGAAGGCAAAGCUGAUGAGGUUGCAUCGUCCAGCCUAUGUGGAGAAGAACAGCACCAUUGAGCUCAGACUGCAGCAGCAAAAAGAAUGUGAACAAGCCAGUGUCGUCACUAACAACAGGAAGAAGGUGGAGCAAGAGGACUGGAGAGAUGAUGACGACACCUGCAGCCUCUCCAGAAUAGAGCAGCUGCCGUCAUCAGCUGCCACGAAGAAGAUGAAAGAAACAACAAACUUUUCUCAAUCUGCUGAGAAUUAUUCCAAAGACCCUAGCUCAGUUCUUAGUGAGAAUAAUUCUUUGUUCAGGAUAAAAUCUCCUGACCAAAACUUGGGCAAGGAAGCUAAAAGCAGUAAUGCCCUAACGUCCUCCGAAGCUCCAGGCGCCAUGGACAGCUAUCAUCGUCCAUACAUUUUUGACUACGAUAAUUCUAUUCUUUCUCCAGAAGAAACGAAUGUGUUGGAACAGGAAAAUUUGAUGAUAUACAAUGAACUGCAAUCUGCACAUGAGGAAGUCCGGCAGAUAACAAAACAGGUGGUGGAGCUGGGCAGGCUGCAGGAUGUGCUGCUGGAGAGCGUGCAGGAGCAGGCGGUGGUGGCAGACAACGUACAGCAGCAUGUCAUGGCGGCCACUGACAACGUGCAGGAGGGUAACGAGCAGAUCAGGGAGGCGAUGCGCAAAGAUGCCAGCUUCCGCGUGUGGAUUUUGUUCUUCUUGAUCAUGAUGUCGCUGACGAUCCUCUUCCUGGUCUGGUACAACGACUGAACCUCUCAACAUGAGGCUCAUGAUGUCGCUGACGAUCCUCUUCCUGGACUGGUGCAAAGACUGAACCUCGCAUGAGGCUAUUCAUGCUUCGUUAAAGCAUAUCACGAAAUGCUCGAAAGUUAAUGCAAUCUGUUCAUAGAAAUCCUGUAAUGUUAUGCAUUGGUAUAAUGUUACUUGAUCAUUUACUUUCAAACUCCAGGUCAUGGUAGGGACAUUUUUUGAGGUAAAAUAGCACAAACAGAAAAUCAUGCUGAAUAAAAUUAAUGGAAACAAAUUUAGAAAAAUGCAAAAUAGAUCAGCGGACGUUGGUGUGUUGUAUAAGUUUUGAAAGUCAUGUUGCAUUUACUGUUAUUAUUUACUAUUUAACUGAGAUUGUGAUGUAAAAAAUAAAAUUCCAGUAGGUACUUAUGGAACUGAUGGUUAAGAAGAAAGAUUCUAAUUAUUGCAUAAGGAACAGAAUAUUUUUUUAAACUUGCAUGCAAGUUGCAGCAAAGAAGUAUAUGGAACCGAUCGCUGCUCUUUGUGG